UGGACAGACAUACAUUUACAAUGAGCAGUGACAUAACAAACGUUCAAUUAAGUAACCAUAUUUAUUUUUUUCCCUCAGAGUAGAAGUCAACAAAUGAUAGAGUUUCUACGAAAAUUGUGAAAAUCUGUGAAAAAUAUGUCGUCGCUCAAGUCAAUUUCACAACUACGGUCGUUGCCAGUGAAACGGUUUUUCAGUCAAAAGUCACCGUCAGCUUCAAAACCAAAAAAAAACAAUGAAAUAAAUGCCAACGUUCCUGGUUUGAGCUCGUAUGUGAUCAAACAAAAAUCAGAACCAUUGGGUCCGGGUGCUUCUUCAACAGGCAUUUACAAAGUACCAGAAUAUUUUUCGUACGACCGUUUCUCUUACCAUGGAGCUGAAAUCGAGCUAAGCCGUUAUAGAUUGGAGCAACCAUCUGCAACGAAAGGAAAAAAGUAGUGGAAUAAAUGGAAGAUAGAUGGAAUAAAUGUAUUCACAAAUAGUUUCGCAAAUAAAAUUUGAAUCUUAAAAAAAAACAUGUU